AUGGCCAUGCGAGUUGUGAGCGCGUACAGAACCAUUUCGUCGGAAGCAGUAUGUGUUAUCCCCGGAAUGAUCCCUAUCGGCAUCACUCUGGCGGAGGACAGCGAGUGCUACAAGCGGAAGGGAACCAGAUUAAUACGGAAAGUGGUGAAAGCGGAAUCGAUGGCCAAGUGGCAGCAGAAAUGGAACACAGCGGAGAAUGGUAGAUGGACACAAAGGCUAAUACCGGUUUUCUCGACCUGGUUGAACAGAAAGCGUGGAGAAGUCCACCUGACGAAAUUCAUAUCUGGUCAGUAUUUGCAGCGGUUCGGACAAGCAACGUCACCCCUCUGUCCGGAAUGUAGAAAUGUGAAGGAAACAUCGAAGCACGUGGUCUUCGACUGA